AUGGAAAUGGGACCAAAAGCCAAGGAAACCAUGCUGACGCUUUACAGACCAAAAGCCAAGGAAACCAUGCUGACGCUUUUCAAAAUGGGACCAAAAGCCAAGGAAACCAUGCUGAUGCUUUUCAACAAAGUGUGGGUGACCAGUCUCGUACCUAGCCAAUGGAAAGUUGCCAUAGUAAUACCAGUUCUAAUAAAGGGCAAAUACCCUAGCAAAAGCGUGCUGGCUAAACUUAUGGAAAGAAUGGUUAACAGAAUGCUAACCUGGUUCCUUGAGACUAAAAAUAUUCUUAAGAGCCUUCCACAGGGAGCUGGCACAAGCUGCACUCUUUCCGAUGUCUUCAUCAAUGACAUAGCCGAAUUGGUACAGACAGUAACGGGCAUCAAGUGCUUACUUUAUGCAGAUGAUCUGGUACUAUGGUAUUCCGCCCCUAAGAAAAACGCUAAGAAGAGGACGGAAAGUGCUCUUAAUAGUGCACUUAAAUUACUAGCAAACUGGUGCGACAACACCGCGAAAACUGCAUUCCAAACUUUUUCUUUGGCCCAUCACCCCCUUCGAAGGUCGUAUGGGGCUGUGCGCGUUCAACUCUAA